AAUAUAGUGAUUGCCUAUCAGUCGGGCGCUGGGCAAGCGGACGCUCUGUGAUGUGCAACAGACACAGAAACGGUGGACUUCUCUACACCCUCCGCCGCUUGUAAUAACCACUGCGUCUCCGCAGAACCGCUUCAAACGCUGCAUUCAAACCUGGAACUAAAACCAUUUCUGAUUUAGGAAUUUAUUUUGGAUUACUAUGCGCUGGAAUUGUUGCCGCAGUUAAGUAACAGCACUGAAGGAAUUCAAGGAAAAACCACUUUGUCCCAUGCUGUGUUCAGAUUGAGGCCAGUAUGAAGAUUUUUGUUAUCCUGAAAAUGGGUGGAGUUACCUCAGUGGGACCUCACCUGCUGAAUAUUUUUAGCCCCAACUUUGCACUCCAAGGUUAAAAGUCAACCCUGGAACCAGUGAGAACAGACUGGUUGCUCCACCCCCUCGUAUAUGUUUAUCUUCUCUAAUGGGAAUAAAAGCCUUGAUCCUUGUCCCUUGGAGCUGAACAGCAAUCACGACCUGUCAGAACCAUAGCCAGUUUGCUGCUUGCACCCUCAUCACCCAUGAUACCCUCCAAAAAAAGGAUCAGUUGUUGAUGCUGUGGCCAGCAUAUGUCAUAUUGAUCACACAUUCCUCCACAUACACUGUGAGAUAUACAUGGGAUACAGAACUGAAGAAAAUCCAAUGAUAUCUUUGUCUUGCGGAUCAUAGCCCACUCCCUCCCCGCAUUCCCUCUCACGUUCUUCAGUUUACAAUGGAUGCCUUCAACUAUUGGCUGCAGGUGCAUCUGUUGUUCAGUAUCCUGCUGGGCCUUUGCUUUGGCCUGGAGUUCUCGGGGGCCCCGGGACAGUGGGCGCGGUUUCGCCGCUGGGACGCCAGCACCAGAAGCGACCUAAGCUUUCAGGUAAAGACGGGCGCGUCCAGUGCCCUGUUGCUCUACCUUGAUGACGGAGGCUACUGUGACUUCCUGCUCCUGGCGGUCUCGGAGGGCAAGCUGCAGCUGCGCUUCAGCAUAGACUGUGCCGAAACGUCUGUCGUCUCGAACCGGCGGGUCAACGAUAGCAACUGGCACUUUGUCACCAUCAGCAGAUCCAACCUCAGGACAGCCCUUCGGCUGGACAGCGAGGUCAAGUCUGACGAGGUGCAGCCACUGAGGCAGUACAUGAAGGUGGUCAGUGACCUCUUCCUUGGGGGAAUCCCACAGGACAUCCGCGGGACUGCGCUGACGCUGCCCCUGGUGAAGGAGCAGCCACUCUUCCGGGGGGUAAUCACGGACCUGAAAUAUGGCAAUGGUCAACCCUGGCUGCUUGGUAGCCAGAAGGUGCGCUUGGACAUGGAGGGUCUGUGCGCCGAGAACCCCUGCGAGAAUGGGGGAAUCUGCUCGGUGGCGGACGGGGAGUAUCUGUGUGACUGCUCUAAAACUGGAUACAUCGGCCGCUUCUGCAAUGAAGAAGUCAGCCGCGUUCCAGGUUUCUCACAUAUGAUGAUGGCCGAGCAAGCUAAAAGCAAAGUGAGAGAGGAGAACGUGGCCACCUUCCGAGGCUCGGAGUACUUCUGUUACGACCUGUCCCAGAACCCCAUCCAGAGCAGCAGCGACGAGAUCACGCUCUCUUUCAAGACCUGGCAGCGCAACGGGCUCAUCCUGCACACGGGCAAGUCGGCCGACUACGUCAACCUGGCCCUGAAGGACGGGGCCGUGUCGCUGGUCAUCAACCUGGGCUCGGGGGCCUUCGAGGCCAUCGUCGAGCCCGUCAACGGCAAGUUCAACGACAACGCCUGGCACGACGUCAAGGUCACGCGAAACCUGAGACAGCAAUCAGGCAUUGGACACGCUAUGGUAAACAAACUACAUUGUAUGGUGACGAUAUCGGUAGACGGCAUUUUAACCACGACGGGCUACACCCAAGAAGACUACACCAUGCUGGGCUCGGAUGACUUCUUCUACGUGGGAGGAAGUCCAAGCACAGCAGACUUACCCGGCUCUCCUGUCAGCAACAACUUCAUGGGCUGCCUGAAAGAGGUGGUGUACAAGAACAAUGACAUCAGGCUGGAGCUGUCUCGGCUGGCUCGGAUCGUGGACCCCAAGAUGAAGAUCCAGGGCGACGUGGUGUUCAAGUGCGAGAAUGUGGCCACCCUGGACCCCAUUUCCUUUGAGACCCCAGAGGCCUACAUCAGCCUGCCCAAGUGGAACACCAAGCGCAUGGGCUCCAUCUCCUUCGACUUCCGCACCUCCGAGCCCAACGGCCUCAUCCUCUUCACCCAUGGCAAGCCCCAGGAAGCCAAAGGCGCCCGCAGCCAGAGGAACGCCAAGGUGGACUUCUUCGCCGUGGAGCUCCUGGACGGCAGCCUCUACCUCCUGCUGGACAUGGGCUCCGGCACCAUCAAGGUUAAGGCCACGCAGACCAAGGUGAACGAUGGGGCCUGGUACCACGUGGACGUCCAGAGGGACGGAAGAUCAGGCACCAUUUCGGUGAACAGUCGGCGCACCCCGUUCACCGCCAGUGGGGAGAGCGAAAUCCUGGACCUGGAGGGGGACAUGUACCUGGGCGGCCUCCCGGAGAACCGGGCGGGGCUCAUCCUGCCCACCGAGCUGUGGACCGCCAUGCUCAACUACGGCUACGUGGGCUGCAUCCGGGACCUGUUCAUCGACGGGCGGAGCAAGGACAUCCGGCAGAUCGCCGAGGCGCAGAACGGGGCCGGCAUCAAGCCCUCCUGCAACAAGGUCAGCGGGAAGCAGUGCGAGAGCUACCCCUGCAAGAACAAGGGGGUCUGCAAGGAGGGCUGGAACCGCUUCAUCUGCGACUGCACGGGGACCGGCUUCUGGUCCAGGACGUGUGAGAGAGAGGCUUCCAUCCUGAGCUACGACGGGAGCAUGUACAUGAAGGUGGUGCUGCCCGCAGUGAUACACACGGAGGCGGAGGACAUCUCGCUGCGCUUCAUGUCCCAGCGGGCGUACGGCCUUCUCAUGGCCGCCACGUCCCGCGCGUCCGCCGACACGCUGCGCCUGGAGCUGGACGCCGGCCGAGUCAAGCUCACCAUCAACCUAGACUGUGUCAGGAUAAACUGUAACUCCAGCAAAGGACCGGAGACUCUUUACGCCGGCAGCAAACUCAACGAUAACGAGUGGCAUGCCGUCCGCGUGCUGCGGCGCGGUAAAAACUACAAGCUCACGGUCGACGAUGACGUGGCUGAAGGUCAGAUGAUGGGCGACCACACCCGCCUGGAGUUCCACAACGUGGAGACGGGCAUCAUGACGGAGCGGAGGUUCACGGCGCACGUGCCGUCCAGCUUCAUCGGCCACCUGCAGGGCCUCCGCUUCAACGGGCAGCUCUACAUCGACCUGUGCAAGAACGGCGACAUCGACUACUGCGAGCUCAACGCCCGCUUCGGCAUGCGCUCCAUCAUCGCCGACCCCGUCACCUUCCGGACCAAGGCCAGCUACCUGAGCCUGGCCACGCUGCAGGCCUACGCCUCCAUGCACCUCUUCUUCCAGUUCAAGACCACCUCGCCCGACGGCUUCAUCUUCUACAACAGCGGCGACGGCAGCGACUUCAUUGCCAUAGAGAUGGUCAAAGGCUACAUCCACUACGUGUUCGACCUGGGCAACGGCCCCAGCCUACUGAAGGGGAACAACGACCGCGCCCUCAAUGACAACCAGUGGCACAACGUGGUCAUCACCAGAGACAACGGCAACACACACACGCUGAAGGUGGACGCCAAGUCUGUCAGCCAGGUGGUCAAUGGGGCCAAAAACCUAGACUUGAAAGGUGAACUCUACGUUGCUGGGCUGGGUCCAGGCAUGUACAACACCCUGCCCAAGCUGGUGGUGUCCCGGGACGGCUUCCAGGGCUGCCUGGCGUCUGUGGAUCUCAACGGCCGGCUGCCAGACCUGAUCAACGAUGCCAUUUUCCGCAGCGGUCAGAUUGAGCGUGGCUGUGAAGGCCCCAGCACAACCUGCCAGGAGGACUCCUGCGCCAACAUGGGAGUUUGCAUCCAGCAGUGGGAGAACUUCACCUGCGACUGCUCCAUGACGUCCUACGUCGGGACCCAGUGCAAUGACCCGGGGACGACCUUCAUCUUCGGAAAAGGGGGAGGACUCAUCACCUACAUCUGGCCCAACAAUGAGAGGCCCAGCACUCGAACAGACCGAUUGGCCGUGGGCUUCAGUUCCACUAUCAAGGAUGGGAUCCUGGUCCGGAUCGACAGUGCCCCGGGUUUGGGAGAUUACAUCAUGCUCCACAUUGAGGAAGGCAAGAUUGCAGUCACCUUUAAUAUCGGCACGGUGGACAUCAGCGUCCGCGAAAGCUCCACCCCUGUGAACGACGGGAAGUACCACGUGGUCCGCUUCACGAGGAACGGGGGUAACGCCACGCUGCAGGUGGAUAACUGGCCAAUCAACGAGCACUUCCCCACAGGCAGCAGUGACAUUGAACGCUAUCAAAUGGCUAAUAAGAAAAUCCCAUUCAAAUAUACCCGACCGGUAGAAGAAUGGCUACAAGAGAAAGGCCGGCAGCUAACCAUCUUCAACACCCAGGCCACCAUAUCGAUAGGCGGAAACGACCGCAGGAGGCCGUACCAGGGCCAGCUGUCGGGCCUGUACUACAACGGCCUCAAGGUACUCAAGAUGGCGGCCGAGGGGAACCCCAACGUGCGAAUCAACGGCAGCGUGCGGCUGGUGGGGGACGUGCCCUCCCUCCCCGGGGCCGCCACCACCACCUCCGUGCCGCCCGAGAUGUCCACCACCUUCAUCGAGACCACCACCACCCUGUCCACCACCACCACUCGCAGGCAGAGGUCCCCGCCUACCAUCCAGACAACGGAUGACAUCGUCUCAUCGGCGGAAUGUUCCAGCGAUGACGAGGACCUUGAAGAGUGUGACUCGGGACAUGCAGGAGGUGAACUAGUAAUCCCUGUACUCGUGGAAGACCCUGUAGACACCCCCCCCAUAGCAACCCGUACCCCCUCCAUCCCCCUUCCCCCGACCCUCCGUCCCCUCCUCACCGUUAUCGACACCACCAAAGAGCCCUUGCUCCUGGCGACGGCGGCGGGGUUUCCAUGCUUGUCGGACCAAGGCGAUGCUUGUAUUGAUGGUGAUGGUGAUGAUAAUGGUGCUGAUGAUAAUGAUGAUGAUGAUGAUGAUGAUGGCAUGGUGGUGUCUGGGUUUGGCUCUGGGGAAGCGUUCGACUCUAGCCUGCCCCCCACAGAUGACGAAGAUUUUUUCACCACCUUCUCCCUGGUAACAGAUAAGACCUUGUCCACGUCGGCCUUCGAAGGAGGCUACAAAGCACAGGCGCCCAAGUGGGAGGCCAAGGACUUUAGGCCAAACAAGGGCUCCGUCACGCCUCCGCCCCCCGAGCCGAGGGGCUCCACCUCCUCGUCCUCCGCGCGCGACGCUCCGCCCAAGCUGCCCGCCGGGAAAAUGAACAACCGCGAGCUGAAGCCGCAGCCGGACGUGGUGCUGCUCCCCCUGCCCACCUCCUUUGACACAGACAGCACCAAGCCCAAGGGCACGGUGAUAACCUCCCCCAUGUUUCGCAACGUGCCCACGGCGAACCCCACGCAGUCGGGCGUCCGGCGCAUUCCGGGGGCCUCCGAGGUGGUCCGCGAGUCCAGCAGCACCACCGGGAUGGUCGUGGGCAUAGUGUCCGCGGCCGCCCUCUGCAUCCUAAUCCUCCUGUACGCCAUGUACAAGUACAGGAACCGGGACGAGGGCUCGUACCAGGUGGACGAAACGCGGAACUACAUUAGCAACUCGGCCCAGACGAACGGCAUUGUGGUGAAGGACAAGCCGCAAAGCGCCAAAGGCAGCAGCAAAAGACCGAAAGACAAGGACAAAGAAUAUUAUGUGUAAAAAUAAAUAAAUAACAUACGUAAAAUGUAAAAAAAAUAAUAAUAAAUACACAAAAAUAUUUAAAAUAAAAACAGAACUAUGCUAUGGAACGAUUACACACCGGGAUUUGUGGUCU